AUGCUUUCUUCUGCAUCUUUUCGCACCAUCAUUCACCGAUGGGUUCCUCUGCGAAGUCCCUUUGACAAAACCAAUUACAUUGAAAAUUUCAUCCCCAAGGACAAGCAGCUAUGGAAAAGGCAAGAAAAAUGGGAUGAUCCUAACUACAACUGGCCUCCAAAAAUGCCGAAAUAUACAAAACUUGAAGGAAAAGGCCUAGUCCAGGCGCUGGAAAACGAGUAUUUACAGGAGAUUAAAAAAACAAAAAAAUACGACGAAAUCAGGACAGGGGAUUUAAUUGAGGUACAAAAUUAUUAUUCGCUAUCAGGGAAGCAGCAUUCGUCAUUUGUAGGGGUCUGCACAUCGAGAAGAAGAAGAAACUCUUUGUCAAAUUCAUUAAAUGUUAUUGGGAUUGCCUCACAUACGCAGCUCGAGCAGUUUAUACCUUUGUAUUCACCUCUAGUCAAAGAUGUCCGUAUGGUUGAGCGUGGAUCUGGGAAUUAUAGAGCCAGACUAUUCUCUAUAUAUAUAAAAAUUCAUCAGUAGUUCUCCCUAUUUUUUAUCAAUAUAUAUAAUUUCAUAUAUAAAAGAUAUAAAUUAUUUCAGAGAUUUCGAGCUCACAAAAUACACGGCUUUAAUCAGAGGGUCUGAAAAGAACAAAAAGCCUACACAUAUUGCGAAACAAGAAGAAAAAGAAAUGAGGUAUAAACUUUUGACAGGAAAAUUCUUUGAUGAUGAUGGAGUAAAUAUCAAGCAAAAAUUGGAAGAAAUGGAGUUUAAACAAAAAGAGAGGCAAAAGCAAGAAGAAGAAAGAAGAUUGUACUUGGAAGAACAGAAAAGAAGAGAAAUUGAGAUGCGUAGAGCAGGAGGAGGUGAUGGAGGAGGAAAAGAAAAAGGAAAAGGGAAGGAUGCUUCCAAGAAAAAAUAA